AACCACGAAAGCUCAUUAACAGGACCAAGCACUUCAGCAAGCCACCUUUUCACCUUUCUGAUUGCAGGAAGGCCCUCUGAAGGGAUAAGGCUGUGGGACAUGGCUGAGAAUAAAGGCAAGACAGAUUCCAUCAGGAUGAGUACGCAGGGAUGCCGGACAAACAACGGGUUUGUCCAGAACGAAGACAUCCUGGAGAAGGACCCGGACCCAGGCAGCCGGCUGGACGGCGCCGUGGCCGUCCUUGGCCCUGUGGAGCCCGACCUGAAGGACAUCAGGCCCUAUGCGGGCAUGCCCAAGGAGGUGCUGUUCCAGUUCUCGGGCCAGGCCCGCUACCGGCUGCCCCGGGAGGUGCUUUUCUGGCUCACCGUGGCUUCGGUGUUCGUGCUCAUCGGGGCUACCAUAGCCAUCAUCGCCGUCUCUCCCAAGUGUCUCGACUGGUGGCAGGCGGGGCCCAUGUACCAGAUCUACCCGAGAUCUUUCAAGGACAGUGACAUGGAUGGGAACGGAGACCUAAAAGGCAUUCAAGAGAAACUGGACUACAUCAGAACUUUAAAUAUAAAAACUAUUUGGAUUACUUCAUUUUAUAAGUCAUCCCUUAAAGAUUUCCGACAUGGUGUCGAAGAUUUCCGAGAAAUCGAUCCUAUUUUUGGAACAAUGAAAGAUUUUGAGAAUCUGGUUGCAGCCAUACAUGAUAAAGGUUUAAAAUUAAUAAUUGAUUUCAUACCAAACCACACCAGUGAUAAACAUGCUUGGUUUCAACUGAGUCGGACCCGGACAGGGAAAUAUACUGAUUAUUACAUCUGGCAUGACUGUACCCGUGAAAAUGGCAUAACAGUACCACCCAACAACUGGCUAAGUGUGUACGGAAACUCCAGUUGGCACUUUGACGAAGUACGAAACCAAUGUUACUUUCACCAGUUUAUGAGAGAACAACCUGAUUUAAAUUUCCACAAUCCUGAUGUUCAAGAGGAAAUAAAAGAGAUCAUACAGUUCUGGCUCACAAAGGGUGUUGAUGGCUUUAGUUUCGAUGCUGUUAAAUUUCUUCUAGAAGCAGAGCAUCUGAGAGAUGAAGCCCAAGUGAAUAAGACUCAAAUACCGGACACGGUCACACAUUACUGGGAGCUGUAUCAUGACUUCACCACCACCCAAGUGGGAAUGCACGACAUUGUCCGGAGCUUCCGGCAGACAAUGGACCAAUACAGCAGGGAGCCUGGGAGAUACAGGUUCAUGGGGAUUGAAGCCUACGGAGAGAGCAUUGACAGGACCAUGAUGUACUACGGGUUGCCUUUUGUCCAAGAAGCAGAUUUUCCCUUCAACAAUUACCUCAGUGAGCUGAACGCUCCUUCUGGGAACGGUGUGUUUGAGGUUAUCACAUCCUGGAUGGAAAACAUGCCAGAAGGAAAAUGGCCUAACUGGAUGAUCGGUGGACCGGACCGUGCCCGGCUGACUUCUCGUUUGGGGGCAGAAUAUGUCAACAUCAUGAACAUGCUUGUUUUCACACUCCCUGGAACCCCCAUAACUUACUAUGGGGAAGAAAUAGGAAUGAGAAAUAUUUUAGUCACAAAUCUCAACGAAAGCUAUGAUGUUGAUACCCUUUUCUCCAAGUCACCGAUGCAGUGGGACAAUAGCUCAAAUGCUGGUUUUUCUGAAGCCAAUCACACGUGGUUACCCACCAGUUCAGAUUACCACACUGUGAAUGUUGAUGUCCAAAAGACUCAGCCCAGAUCAGCACUGAAGUUCUAUCAAGAAUUAAGUUUGCUUCAUGUCAAUGAGCUGCUCCUCAGCAGGGGCUGGUUUUGCUAUCUGAGGAAUAACAGCCACUCUGUCGUGUACACAAGAGAGCUGGAUGGCAUCGACCGAGUCUUUCUGGUGGUUCUGAAUUUUGGAGAAUCCUCACCGCUAAAUCUAAAGGAAAUGGUUCCCAAUAUUCCCACAAGAGCAAGCAUAAGGUUGAGUACCAGUUUUGCCGACAAGGGUGGUGAAGUUGAUACGCAUGACAUUUUACUGGACAAAGGAGAAGGCCUUGUCCUUGAAUACAACACGAAGAAUCUCCUUCAUCACCAAACAGCUUUCAGAGACAGAUGUUUUGUUUCUAAUCGGGCGUGCUAUUCCAGCACAUUAAACCUACUGCACAGCUUGUGUUAAAGAGAUGAAGACACUGGCGUCCUGUUCCCUCCUAAGCAUGUGCAGUAACUUCACGCACCACAGAAGGUGGGGUAAUACAACGUGAAUGUAACAGCUUUAGAAAAGGUUCUCAAAUGUUUUUUAAAAAUAAUAAAACUAUCGCUUGCA